AUGGCGAUACUUCAAAAUGGAUCAGAGGAAUCGAUCUAUGUCUAUGCAAUUCACUCGCGUGAAGGAGAUCAAGGUCGUGAUGAGGACAUCAUAGAAACAGAUUUCGGUCUUCUCCAAAAUAUGCCACCGAAAUCACCAUUAUUACUUACUCAUGUGACAGCGGAGAUGGAACAAUGUAUCAAAGCCAUUACUGGCCGAGAUAAAAAUAAACUUGGCGCCGUAAUAUCUUAUUUAGAACUAGAGAGGGUUAAUAACCUUUCAAUAAAGCUAUCACAGGAAAGUGGUAAAAAUCUCGGUACAUGGUUAAUAGUAGCAGUAAAAGUUAUCAUGCAAGAAGCCGAAAAAAUGUCGAAUGAGGAAUUGAUGGCAGAGAUUGAACGUAAGCAUCGAGAAGAAAUAGAAAUCCAAUACGAAGAUGGGUUAGAUACAGAAUGUGGAAAGCCAGGCUAUUUAGUUAAAAUACAGUUUGACAAUUAUAGAGUUAAAAAUCUGGGUAAAUCAUUCUGUUGGCGUAAUAUUCCUAUGUUAGCUGUUAUUACCGGUAAAAACGGUAGCGGUAAAACAGCAAUUCUAGAAGCUAUACUACAAGGGUCAAAAAGUAAAAAUUUCGACAUCACCGAUUUAGAUACAUCACUGCUAGCAAGUACGCAAUCAAUGCUUACAGAAUUUAAUCAUUUAAAUGGAAUCAUUUCCAUGAUAUCAAGACGAAGAAUUAGAUCCAAUAAAUCAUCAGUUCGUCCAACCUUGUCAUACCGAAGAAACGUUUCGCAAAUCUGUUACCUCAGUUCUAACUCUGAGGAGAAAAGCUUCGCUCCCAAUUCCAUUCAUGAUCAAAAAGGCGACAACAAGAAUCCCACUAUAAAGGCAGUUACGCGAGUAUCCGAUGAUUUUGAACAAAAUUUUAAUAAAACAUUAGAGGACAUAACAAAGCGCCGUAUUCUAGGUGAAAGAUAUCAGAUGGAAUGUUCUAACCAUGAAGAACUUUAUCGAAAAAUCAUAGACAAGGUCUGCGAUGCUACGAUGAAAUUAGGAUUGACGAAUACAGCAGAAAUUGAAAGUAAACUUCAAGAAAAGCUAGCACAGUAUUUAAGGGAGGAAAUUGGACAACUAAUCAAGACCUACGGUUCAUGGAAAGACUACAUACGCUAUUUUUUGCAAAUGGAUAACACGCUUUACGAUGUCAAUAGACAUUUACAUAAAAAUAGAUUUAAGUAUGAUAUAAAUAUAAUUGAGAAUGAGGAAUUAAUAUGCCAAAAAAGAGUACCUUUCAGCAUACCUGUUUUUCAAGUUCAACUAUCUCCCGCCGAACGGUUAGAACUGUUAUCGUUGUUGUGGCUAUUCGGAAGUAAGAAUUUGGCAAAAACCAAUGUUAGCGGAAUCAUUUUACUCGAUGAACCGGAUGCCCAUCUUCACCCAAGUUUAGUUAAAGACAUCAUUGAAACGAUUAAAUCUAAAUUGAUAUCCAAGCUUGGUAUUCAGGUUAUUAUGACUACUCAUUCCCCUACAACAGUCAGUCUUGCACCCGAAGGCAGUGUCUAUAUCCUGUCAGAAGAUAAUAUAACCAAAGAGGCCAAAAUUGAAAAGGCUGCUAAAUUUGUCCAUGUCAAUUUACCUUUUCGAAUCGUCUUCGUUGAAGCUACUGAUGAUAGAAUAUUUUACCAAAUGAUUCAAGACAAAUUAACUAGUGAACGCUUAAUCGCGAAUGAUUAUCCGUUGCUGUUCAUGUCUGCUAGCAGGCAGAAAAAAAGGCAAGACCCUUCAGAUAAAAGUGGCAGUAAGAUGAUUGAGAAUUCAUGUCGAGCUUUAGUGGAAAAUAUUGUGAAAUGUUGUGUCAAUGAGGAAGAUGAAGAUCAGAGUUUAAGGGAAUUUGUAUUUGGGCUAGUUGAUAACGACAAUCAAGAAGAUCCCCAAUUAUAUAAUAUUCAAUGCUUAAGGAGAUAUAGUAUAGAAAACUAUCUUUAUGAUCCAAUUUAUAUAUAUUAUUAUUUGAGAGACCGCAAGAAAGGAGAAGAAAUCCAAAAGGAAAUAAAUCAUAAUCUUUCUGCAACAAAACAUCCUGAUUGUUUAUCUGGAUUUUUCGGCAAAGGAGACACUGCUGAUUUGGCCAAAGUAUUGCAAGAAAUUAUCAACGUUAUAACCAAAAAGCUAGUUGAUGCGAUAGAAGAAUUCAUCAAAAUCCAAAAGAAAUUUAAAGAGUGUCUUGAAAACUUGGUAUUACUGCAUGAAGAUCUUGAAAAUGAGACAGGAGUAUCAAAUAAAGAAUUGAUAAUGAAAGAUUUCGAGGAAACCUGUAAAGUUGUUUGUAAUAAAGGGAAGCUAGUAGAAUAUGCGAAGAAAAUCCGUGAGAGUACAAAAUGCAAUGAUGUCCUAAAAGAGCUAAUCGUUUAUGCCCGAAAAAUUGUCAAGUCUAUCGAUAAAUUAAGGAGUAACAGAAAUGAUCUUUUCAAGAAGAGAGAGGAUUCACACGACGUUUAUGAGCUGAUAAAAUCAACAGAAAAUGUGUCUUUCGGGAAUGGUAUUACUAGUACCUUGUCUUAUCCUAAAGUAAUAUUAAAAAUGAGAGGACAUGAUUUAGUGACUUUUUAUACUGCAAUUUAUCCAUCUCUACCUAAACUCAAUUCAGAGAUGAUUGCCUUCCUAAGAAGGUGUAGCCGAAUUUUGAUACCAGAAGAUUUGAUACCAAUUUUUAAGUCUCUUCAAAUACCGGAUAUUGAAUUGCAACGUCAAUGUACCACAAGAGCGAGUAGAGAGGAUGCAGAGAGAAGUGAUACUCAAUUAAUGAAGAAAGUGGACCGACAGAAAACUCAGUUGAGAGAGUUACAAAAGAAACUUGAUAAGAUUAAAAAGCAAAACCAGGCUUUAAAUGACUGUCUAAAUCAAGUUGAGGAAAAAUUAAAUUCCGGGGAAUCCCAAGAGGUGCAUACAGAUGUACUUCAUUACAUCGUUAAUAAAAGAAAGAAAUUGAUAGAUGAAGGACAGGAAAGUAAUGGUUCAGGUGACGAAACUAACGGUCAUGAUAGAAUUGUGAAUGAUUUCUCGACUUAA